AAGCCCAGAAAUGCUUUGGUGCGGGUUCCUAUUUCUUGGAGCGCUGAGCUAUGCGCACGCAGCCACGGUCAACGAGGCAAACAACUUUGUGGACACCGUUCUCAACGAGAAACUCCGACUCGCCGUCAGGCUCUCGAGGUCCCUGUUCCCUUUCGCCCAUAUCCCUGUCUUCAGUUUUGUGGUUCCAAAGGACGCCACCACCGACCGCGAUCUCGAUGUCGAGAUGACGGAGGGUCUGAUUCGUGGCCUCGACACCGCGUUGCGACGGACGGGCGACUGUCAGUCGAGGGAUGUCCAGGGUGGCUCUCCAAGCAUCCUGUGCACCUUGGACUUCAGCGGAGUCAACACCACGUUCCUGGCCCUGACGACAGGCGACGACGUGCCGGGAGAGCUGAAACUUAUCUGGGUUCACGUCGUCACGGUGGAUUCGACCGCUCGUCUUGAGAUCACGGGGUCUGAAUCCCGCGUAGCUUCACUCCGAGCAUUCGAUAUCCAGAACCUACAAUUUACAACCACCAACAACCAGGAUUUGCAUCUGAACACCGAUCGUUUGAGGCAGUUCAAGGAACGUGUUGAAUUGAAGGUCAGGGAAACCUUGCAAGGUAUCAUGCAGAAUGAGAUGAAGGCUCUGCUCACCAGGUCCGUUGCCUCCGUCGCUUUUCCGUAAGCCAAGGAUUUCACUCUCAGGCUCGCUAGCGAGUUUUAGAAUACCGUAUGCGAUAAAUAAGAGUAGUCACCGAGUGCCAAUCCAAAACACGGCUUGGGCUUCACGCAUGCGCCCGAAAAAUAAUGCUAUUUCUCUGUGUACCCAAUGCUUGUCCCUGUGACAUUCUAAAAUCCACUAUUAUUUGUUGGUGUAUGCAACCGCCUCCA